GGUAUCCCUACGCAGUGGCGCGCCUUUCAGCGAGAGGGAAGCGUGUCGUAUGAUUUUAGUGUCAUGCGAGUCAAAGUUUACAUGUUUUUCUCGAAUUGUCAUUGUUAAUCCCAUUAAUUAUCAUAUGCGGACUUUAUUGUGAUUAUGUGUUAUCAUCUCAUGUGUGCUCGAGGUGUGUGAUAAGGGUGUUGUUUCAUGGUGGGAGUGAGGAAAGGGGGACAAGAUGGGUGACAGUUUCCUGCACCUGGGUGACAUCGUGUCCCUGUUCGCGGAGGGCUCUGUGGCAGGAUUCCUCAGUACCUUAGGGUUGGUAGAUGACAGGUGCGUUGUUUGCCCUGAGGCAGGCGACCUGACUGAUCCGCCCAAAAAGUUCCGGGAUUGCCUGUUCAAGAUAUGUCCUAUGAACCGCUACUCCGCUCAGAAGCAGUUCUGGAAUACUGCCAAGCAAUCCGCCAAUGCCAGCGCCGAUACAGAUACCGGACUGCUGAAGAGGUUGCAUCAUGCCGCUGAGAUAGAGAAGAAGCAGAACGAGAUGGAGAAUAAAAAACUACUGGGAACAGUGGUACAGUAUGGCAGCGUCAUACAACUGUUGCAUGUCAAAUCUAACAAAUAUUUGACUGUUAAUAAACGAUUACCCGCGUUGCUGGAGAAAAAUGCAAUGCGGGUGCAUUUAGACGCAAACGGUAAUGAAGGCUCGUGGUUCUAUGUAAUACCAUUCUACAAACUCCGGUCGACUGGGGACAAUGUGGUGGUCGGCGACAAGGUUAUAUUGAACCCGGUGAACGCCGGGCAACAGGUCCUACACGUGUCCUCUAACCACGAGCUGCCGGACAACGUUGGAUGUAUGGAGGUGAAUGUAGUAAAUUCAUCGACGUCAUGGAAGGUGACCCUUUUCCUAGAACACAAAGAGAACCAGGAGGAGAUGCUCAAGGGUGGUGACGUAGUACGACUUUUUCACGCGGAGCAAGAGAAGUUCCUCACGAUGGACGAGUACAGACGAAGGCAACACGUCUUCCUCAGGACCACGGGCCGGUCGAGCGCCACCGCCGCCACCAGCAGUAAAGCCUUGUGGGAGAUUGAGGUAGUACAACACGACCCGUGUAGAGGAGGCGCGGGUCACUGGAACUCGAUAUUCCGUUUCAAGCACCUCGCUACCGGACACUACUUAGCCGCCGAAGCUUGUAUUAAACAAUCCGAGAAUAUGAUGGAAAAUGAGGGGUUGAACUCGGAGCCAGCGUACCAGCUCGUGUCGGUGCCGCACUCGUCGGAGAUCGCCACGCUGUUCGAGCUGGACCCCACCACCAUGACGCACUCCGACGCGCCCGUGCCGCAGAGCAGCUACGUCAGAUUACAGCAUCUCUGCACGCACACUUGGGUGCAUUCGACGUCAAUACCGAUCGAUAAAGAAGAAGAAAAGCCAGUUAUGUCGAAGGUGGGAUGUUCAGUAGUGAAAGAGGACAAAGAGGCAUUUGCUCUGAUAUCGGUAUCUCCCAGCGAGGUCCGGGACCUGGACUUCGCCAACGACGCCUGCAAAGUCCUCUCCGCAUUGUCAACCAAACUGCAUCACGGGAAUAUUGAACACAAUGAAAUGAAAGCAUUGACCUGCCUCCUUCAAGACAUAGUAUACUUUAUAGCAGGCUUCGAGAACGAACCCAACAAGUGUAAAGCCCUCGACCUGGUUGUGGAAAAUCCAAAUCGCGACAGACAGAAGCUACUACGUGAACAGUAUAUAUUAAGACAGCUCUUCAAAAUACUCCAGGGUCCCUUCCAAGAAUCCCCGGAGGGAGAGGCGUUCCUUAAGAUAGAGGAACUGUAUGAUCCCCGUUAUGCGCCGUAUAAGUUCAUCUUCCGUCUCUGCUACAGGAUACUUAGACUCAGUCAGCAAGACUAUCGGAAGAAUCAGGAAUAUAUCGCAAAGCAUUUCGGAUUCAUGCAAAAACAAAUAGGAUACGACAUACUCGCAGAGGACACGAUCACGGCGCUGUUGCACAACAACAGGAAGCUGCUGGAGAAGCACAUCACGGCCUCGGAGAUAGAGACGUUCGUUGGCCUGGUCAGGAAGAAUAUGAAGACCUGGCAAUCCCGUUUCUUAGACUAUCUGAGUGACUUGUGCAUCUCCAACAAAAAAGCUAUCGCUGUGACACAGGAGUUAAUCUGCAAGAGUGUGCUCUGUGCUAACAACGCUGACAUUCUUAUUGAGACAAGACUUGUCUCCACAAAAUACGAGAACAUCUCGGAAAUCGACGACUCAGGUAACAAAUACUCGGUAGAAGACGACGUUAUGUUGCUUUGGAACAAUAAAAAGAGUUCCCGGCUACUAUCUUCGUUAGCAUCAGAAGCGGCAGCGGAUCCACGCAGCGAAGCCGCAGCCAUCUUGGACUACUACCGACAUCAACUGGACCUCUUUUCCAACAUGUGCCUCAACAGGCAGUACCUGGCGCUCAACAGCUUGUCGCAGCAAUUACAGAUUGAUCUCAUACUCAAGUGCAUGUCGAACGGCGCGCUGUCGCACGAGGUGCGCGCGUCGUUCUGCCGCCUCAUGCUGCACCUGCACGUGGACCGCGACCCGCAGGAGCCCGUCACGCCCGUCAAGUACGCGCGCCUGUGGGCCGAGGUCGCCGGCACCAUCCACGUGCACGACUACCAGUGCGUCAAGGGCGGCCCGGAUGCUACGAGAGAGAAGGUGAAGGAGCAGUUCGCCUCGACCAUCCGCUUCGUCGAGAACUACCUGUGUAACGUGGUCACAAGGACGUGGUACUUCAGUGACCACGAUCAGAACAAGCUCACCUUCGAGGUGGUCAAGCUAGCCAGAGAAUUGAUUUAUUUUGGAUUUUAUAGCUUCAGCGAUCUCUUGCGUUUGACCAAGACACUGCUCAGUAUACUGGACUGCGUGACGGCUAUUGAUCUGCUCAACGAGACCAGCGCGCUCACGGGAGAGGUCGAAUCUCAGGAAAGUGAAAUAAAGAAACCGGAGGGCGGCGUGCUGCGCAGCAUCGGAGACAUGGGCGCCGUGAUGACGUCCAUCACGCUCGGAUCGGUUGCACGUAAUGUGGCGGGCGGCGCGGCGCGCUCGCCGUCGGCGCUGGCGCUGGCGCGCAAGCACCCGCUCGUCAUGGAGACCAAGCUCAAGAUCAUCGAGAUCCUGCAGUUCAUACUCGACGUGCGACUGGAUUACCGUAUCAGCUGUCUGCUGUCUAUAUUUAAGAAGGAGUUCGAACAGUCUGAUAAAGCCGAUAACAUCGGUAGAGCAGACGUGGAAGCGAUUGGACUGCAAGCUGAAGGCAUAUUCAGUUGUCGAGCAAUACAGACUGUGCCUGACAACUGUCUUCCAAAAAAUGUAGAUUUAGACGGUUUGGACUUGGAUGAAUGCGGAGGUCGUAUGGUCCUUCGCGUGUUACUGCAAUUGUGCUCCCAAGGUGCCUCAGCUUCUCUGGUCUCUGGGGCUUUAGCGUUGUUGUUCAGACAUUUCAGCCAACGACAAGAAGUCCUGGCAGCCUUUAAACAAGUACAACUCCUCGUAUCAGACGCAGACGUAGAAUCUUACAAGCAGAUCAAAGCCGACUUGGACGUGUUACGGCAAAGUGUGGAAAAGUCUGAGCUGUGGGUGUUUAAUAAAGGUCGCGCUGGAGCAUUGGACGACCAUAGCGAUAUUAAAGGUACGGUGGGUCCUGGUGGGGCAGUUUUGGAAAGGAAUGCGUCCCUCGACAAUGUCUUAGACACCUCAAGGUCCACGAAACAUGACCACAUGAACGAAUAUAACAAGAUCAAGGAGAUCCUUCAACGUAUGAUCAAAUAUUGCACGCAAGGCAACAACAGUGCCGGCGAGGCGGGGGAGACCAGUCGCCCGCGGAGACACGAGCAGCGGCUGUUGCGCAACAUCGGCGUACACAACAUCGUGCUGGACUUACUGCAGGUUCCUCACGACGAGGACGACGCCGCGAUGGACGAACUACUCGCUCUCGCCCACGAGUUCCUGCAACACUUCUGCCAUGGCAACCAGCAAAAUCAGGCCAUCUUACACAAGCACCUGGACCUAUUCCUCAACGCCGGGAUCCGCGAGGCGCAGACGGUGUGCGCCAUCUUCUCGGAGAACGCGUCGCUGUGCGCGCACGAGGGCAACGAGAAGGUGGCGGCGCACUUCGUGCACUGCGUGGAGGCGCGCGGCCGCCGCCCCGCCUACCUGCGCUUCCUGCGCACCAUCGUGCGCGCCGGCGGACAGCACAUCCGCCGCAGCCAGGACCUCGUCAUGCAGGAGAUGGUGAACGCGGGCGAGGACGUGCUGGUGUUCUACAACGACAAGGUGUCCUUCAACUACUUCCUGCAGAUGAUGCGUCUGUACCGGCGCACGGGCGAGAUGCCGGAGGCUCUGACAUACCAUAUAGACCUCGUGAAGCUCCUGACGUGCUGCACUCUGGGCAAGAACGUGUACACCGAGAUCAAGUGCCACAGCUUGCUACCCCUGGACGACAUCGUGGCUAUGAUCACUCACGCGGACUGUAUCCCAGAGGUAAAAGAAGCGUACGUAGGUUUCCUGAACCAUUGCUACAUCGACACCGAGGUAGAGAUGAAGGAGAUAUACUCCAGUAACUACAUGUGGGACCUGUUCGAGCGAUCCUUCCUGCAAGACAUGCUCGCGAUCCUACAGCCGGAGCCGCAGACAUCUGAGCCUGGCUCAUCGGUGCGCGCGUCGGGCAGCUCGAAGCAGGCGUGGGUCAACUACGUCACGGACGUGCUCGUGCACACCAUCUGCACGUUCUUCAACUCGCCCUUCAGCGACCAGAGCACCACCGUGCAGGUGACACAAGAUGUAGAAAGGAACAAAUUAUUUACACGAUUAAAGUUCACGUCCACGCGAGUUCCUAUUAAGGAUCCAUCGAUAUUCGUGAAGCUGCUUCAAACCACUUUCCGGAUCUACCAGUGUCCCUGGCUCACUCCGCCACAGAAACUCAACGUUGAGAAAUGUAUACGCACUCUCAGCGAAGUCGCUAAGAGUCGCAGUAUAGCGAUUCCGUUGGAGCUGGAGGCGAAGAUCCAGACGGUGUUCGAGAAGGCGGCGGCGCUGUCCCGCCAGACCAGCAAGUGGCUGCUCGCCUCCAAGACCUCCAAGCUGGAGAAGAUGGCUUCGCAGACAAACCUCCAAAACGAUAGAUCUGUGAUGGAAGGCCUGCAAGAGAUAGUCGCGUUACUGGAGGAGCAGUUGCGACCCCUACUACAAGCCGAGCAGUCUCUGCUAGUUGACAUCUUGUACAAGCCGCAUCGGUUAUUCACCAGCCCGGGGGAACUAACGCACCCCGAUACGAGCGGAAUAUUUAUAUCGAGGUUAAUACGUCAUACGGAGAAGCUUCUAGAAGAGAAAGAAGAAAAGCUGUGCGUAAAGGUGUUACGGACGUUGCGGGAAAUGAUGGCCGUCGAUCCCGAAUAUGGAGAGAAGGGCAACCAGCUACGAAACAAGCUGCUCUCGCAGUACUUCGUGAACCGCAAGUCCGAGCCCAAGAUCCAGCCCGCCAGCGUCGCCGUCACUCACGGGCCCGGUGCAGACACUGUACCGCAACAGCCGAAAAGAGCGAAGGUCUUGCUGCGCACGGGACAGAGUCUGGCGCAGGUGCAGGCGCACCUGGACCGCGAGGGCGCCUCCGACCUGGUGGUCGAGCUGGUCAUCAAGAGCACUAACCGACCGGCUAUCUUCCUUGAAGCUAUACAGCUUGGAAUUGCGCUUCUAGAAGGCGGUAAUCCUAUAAUUCAGCACAGCAUCUUCACUAAAUUGCAGAAUGGUGAAAUAUCGCAAGCAUUUUUAAAGGUAUUCUACGAUAAAAUGCGUGAGGCCCAGCAAGAGAUUCGCUCACUGGCUGUAAGCAGCACCACCACCACUACCACCGACAAGCGGUCGUCUACAGAAAAGCAAAAAUCUAACAGUACUGAUGGUAAGGCGGUGGUAGGGCCCAUGGUGGUGGGCGAGGACAUGGACGACGAGGUGUCCGGCGCGUGCGGCGCGGCCGUGCACGCCUACUCCGACAUACACACCAUGUCGCACGGUACAACCGUCUUAGAAGAAAUUAUGGCAGAGAAAAAACGGGAAUCUGGCAAUUCGGACGUCCUGCCUGCUAAGGUGGCCGUUAUGCGACCAAUCUUGCGUUUCUUACAACUGCUGUGCGAGAACCACAAUCCCGACCUACAGAACCUCCUUCGCAACCAAAACAACAAGUCCAACUAUAACCUCGUCUCCGAGACUCUUAUGUUCCUGGACUGCAUCUGCGGAUCAACGACGGGCGGGCUCGGAUUGCUCGGACUCUACAUCAAUGAAGGCAACGUGGCACUUAUCAACCAGACCUUAGAAACACUCACAGAAUAUUGUCAAGGUCCUUGCCACGAAAAUCAAAACUGUAUAGCGACACACGAAAGCAACGGACUUGAUAUUAUAACGGCAUUGAUAUUGAACGACAUUAACCCCCUCGGCAAGACACGCAUGGACCUCGUACUGGAGCUAAAGAACAACGCCUCCAAGCUCCUGCUCGCUAUAAUGGAAUCUAGAAAUGACUCUGAGAACAACGCCGAAAGGAUCUUAUACAACAUGAAUCCUAAACAGCUGGUUGAUGUUGCGUGCUCAGCCUUCCAUCAGGAGAACUCUAUGGACCCCGAUUCCGAUUCCGAGGAUGACGCGCCCGUACAGGGUGUCUCUCCAAAGGAAGUGGGCCACAACAUCUACAUCCUGUGCCACCAGCUGGCGGCGCACAACAAGGAGCUGGCGGCGCUCGUGCGCGCCUCGCCCGCCGGCCUCGCCGCGCCCGCGCUGCAGUACUACCGCACGCACACCGCGCAGAUCGAGAUAGUCCGCACGGAUCGCAGCAUGGAGCAGAUCGUGUUCCCGAUCCCGGAGAUCUGCGAGUACCUGCCGGUGGACAGCAAGCACCGCGUGCUGCAGAGCGCAGAGCGCGACGACCAGGGCAGCAAGGUGGCGGACUUCUUCUCGCGCCUCGACAAUCUCUUCCACGAGAUGAAGUGGCAAAAGAAGCUGCGAGGCCAACCAUUCCUGUUCUGGGUGUCGUCCUACAUGUCGCUGUGGAGUAACAUAUUGUUCAACUUUGCCGUUUUGAUCAACGUGAUCGUCGCUUUCUACUACCCGUUCCAAGACGAGAACCCGAGGCUGGGCCAGCACCUGUCGCUGGUGGUGUGGUGCGCGUCGGGCGCGGCGGGCGCGCUGGUGACGUGGCUGCCGCGCGGCUCGGGCGCGCGCGCGCUGCUGGCCAGCGCCAUCGUGCGCCUCAUCUACUCCGCCGGGCCCGAGCCCACCAUGUGGAUGCUGGGCAUGCUCACCAUAGUAGUGAAGGGUAUUCACCUGGUGAGCAUAAUGGGCAACCAGGGCACGUUGUCCAAGUCGACGCGGAACGUGAUCACGGACCCCGAGCUGCUGUACCACGGCGUUUAUCUCGGUUUCUGCUUCAUGGGCAUAUGCUGGCAUCCAUUCUUUUUCUCAGUUCUGCUCCUAGACAUAGUAUACCGAGAAGAGACCUUGUUGAACGUGAUGCGAUCAGUCACUCGCAACGGGCGGUCCAUCCUACUGACGGCCGUACUGGCGCUGGUGCUGGUCUACAUGUUCUCCAUAGUAGGCUACAUGUUCUUCCGAGACCACUUCCUCGUCACCGUCGACCGGCUGGACGACGACCACGACCCGCGCUUCGAGCAGCGCGAGCAGUGCGGCGACGCGGGCUGCGGCGCGCCGGCCGGCAAGUACGCGCGGCCGGCGCGCUUCGUGUCGGUGGGCGGCGACCUGCGCGAGCGCAGCUGCGACUCGCUCAUCAUGUGCAUCGUCACCACGCUCAACCAGGGCCUGCGCAACGGCGGCGGCAUCGGGGACAUCCUGCGCGCGCCCGCCAGCUUCGAGCCCCUGUUCGUCGCACGCGUGGUGUACGAUCUACUGUUUUUCUUCGUGGUGAUCAUCAUCGUACUGAACCUCAUCUUCGGUGUGAUCAUCGACACCUUCGCCGAUCUUCGUAGCGAGAAGCAGCAAAAAGAACUUAUAUUGAAGAACACAUGUUUUAUAUGUGGGUUGAACAGGUCAGCCUUUGACAAUAAGACGGUCUCAUUCGAGGAACACAUAAAGAGUGAGCACAACAUGUGGCACUACCUGUACUUCAUGGUGCUGGUACGGGUCAAGGACCCCACCGAGUUCACCGGCCCCGAGAGCUACGUACACUCCAUGAUCAAGAGCAACAACCUGGAGUGGUUCCCGCGCCUGCGCGCGCUGUCGCUGGUGGGCGGCGGGGAGGGCGAGGGCGGCGAGCUGGAGCUGCGCAACCUGCAGGCGCAGCUCGAGCGCGCGCAGGCCGCCGUGCGCGCGCUCACCGACCUGCUCACCGACCUGCGCGACCAGAUGACGGAGCAGCGCAAACAGAAACAACGUAUCGGCCUGUUGAACUCGACCUCGGCGUAUCUCCAGAACUUGCAAAUGAACCUUCCGCCAUGAGCGACAUGCCGUUACUUCGACGCACCGGGUACUACGUUACAGUCCAUCAAAGUUUUUGUUUCGAUUUAACAGCUCAUAUAUUACGUAUAUUCGUCACCCAGAUUAUACUUAACAAGAAAUUUUCGAAUAGUUUAACGCUUAGAAUCUAAGAUACUUUAAGUAUUUUUAAUUUUUUUAACAAUCUCAUUUAUUUAAAUGAACACUCAUACUCAAGUCAUAUUUAUAAAGCUUCAAAACCGGUGCGUCUCGUGUACCAUCAGGCCUCGAUGACAAUCGCACAAAAAUAUAAUCACCUUGGUACGUUGUGGUACUCCUCGUAAAGAAAACAAGCAAUGACACUGACGUCGUCUAGCGGUCAAACGCACGAAGAAUGCGUGCGAAAUAUGAAAUACGUAAUACAAUAUAUAAUAAGACUAAUUCGUCUACUAGAAAAUGUUUUUAGAUUCGACUAGAUAUCACUAGAUAUAUUAACUAUAUUAACAUAUUUAUGGAUAUGUUUGGAGUGUGAUUUAAAAUGGAUUUGAUAGAAUAAACAUUCGUAUAGAAAUCUCUACAGUUUUCUAUUUCUUUUUUUGAUCGCUGCGACGUUCGAAUCUUAACAGAUUGUAUAUUUAAUAUACUUUUGACAAACUUAAAAUUUAAAAAAAAAAAUCGGGUAUAGAUUACGGUAAACUAUAGACAGCCAAAUUGAAGCAAUAAUUUUCAUGAUAAAGGUCUAGUUGUAUGAUAGAAACACAAUAAGAUAUUUAGAAAAAUAUAUUUUAAUGUUUAAGUCAUUAUAUCCAACAUUAAAAUUUAUCGACACGAGACUAGACAAAUCUCAUAUCCUUAGAAAAUUGUUUAAUAAAUAAUAGCAUUUUUUUUAUAAAUAAUCCAGAUUUUUUGCGACAAGAUAUGAAACUUUGUUCGUUAUUGUUCGUAGUUAAAGUUUAAUAUUGUUUCCGACGGGAUCUUAGAAUUUGAACCUUAAAUCGAUCAUUAUAAAGUUUAAUUCGUUAAUUUUGAAUAGUAAAUAAUAUCUUCCGAAUCUUAGUUCUAAAUCUCCUUAAUCUUAUUUUGUCUAUUUAAAAAGUUUAUAUUUAUUUUUAUAUGAAAUAUUUAGUUCUUCGCUUAAUUGUAAAAUUAUAUUUUUUAAAGUUAUUUUUCCUCAAAUAUGUUCGUGUUGUAACCGUUGUUUCUUCUUUGUUCAUUCUAUUCUCGAACUCAGUUACAAUAGAGUGUAAUUUUGUGUAGAGAAGAUACGUUUAAGGUUUUAUAUAAUUUUUCAACGAAGUCUCCCAAAAUUUUUAAUAUUUCGAUAGUGCAAUAUGACGUAGCUCAAAAUCCGUUAUCUGUAGUUAGGAGAAAUAUGAAAUUUUAUUUAAAAAAUCUUAUAAAGAUCUGAAACUUAUUACGAUAAAUCGUGCGUUUCAUAUAUUUUGUUGUAUCUGUGUGUUGUUUAGAUUGUAUGGAAUAGUUACGUUAGGUUUAGUUUUAAUAUUUUUUAUUUGACACAUUGGUUUAUAAAUGACAACUUUGUUUACUAUAAACAUCCCUGAAGUGGAAGUUAUAGUCUCUAUGCCUUGGCAAUAAGAGCUUCAUAAUUGGGUACAGACGAUUUCUGAGGGUUUUCUUCUUGAUUAUUUUAUAUAUGUUUUAGGAUGUUUGAAUGUUACUAUGACCUUGAAAUCAUAAAACAGUGCCAUGUGAAAGUAACAAUCGCUAUAGGAAUAAGUUGAUUUUUAACAAAACCAUUGCAUACUUAGCAUUCAUUAAAAGUUAACUGAAUUUCGAUCAAUCUCGGCUAAUCGUCUGAGAAUAUAUUUUAGUGUUUUUAUACUACUAAGUAUGCAUUAUAUAAACGUAAGGGAACAUAUAAGACGCCAAAUACUAGAGAUGUUAUGAGUUAUGAGUCAUUUUGUUGUACUUAAGAUGUUUAUUGUUUUGCUUAAAUUUCAAUUCUAUCUUGUUACUAUUAGAACUUUACCGUUUACACUAAAAUGUUAACAUUCCUUUAAUAUGAACCAACAAUCUCUUCAUAUUUUAUAUAUAUAUAUAUAUAUAAUUUUUUGUACAGAGAAUUUAUGUAAAUUUAAAAGAUCUUUAUUAAAUAGUAAAACUUCUUUUUUUAAUCUAAGAUUUACAAAGUUAUAUUUUUUCGACUUAAAAUAAUCGAACUUUUAAUAUAUUUACUAAUUAAAUUCUUGUAGUUGAAUGUGUGACCAAACUUGGAGUUUUCUACUUGUAGAGUUUUAAAUAUUUAAAUUUUAUACUUUCUCUAUGAAUAAAAAAAAAACUUCUUGCAUUAUUCUAUACAUUCCUCGUAUAUUUGUCUUUAUAUAUGAUAACAAUAUAUCCGUCUCGUGGAAUCUUCGCAUCAGUUCUCUAUUAGUAAUAAAGGAUUUAUUGUAAGUCUGUUACAAUGGCUGCAAAUAUGGUUUUGUUUAUGAAAUAUAAAAGUAUGGCACAAAAA